AUGCGCUCCUCAGGCUAUAUCGCUUCUCUGGUUGCCGCCGGCGCCAUGGCCGUUCCCCACAACGGCAACUUGCAGAAUGAGAACAAGCAUUAUGAGAUAGUUACAAAGUUCGAGUACAUCACCCACUACGUUUUCGGUGGUGGAAGCGAUGCUCCCCAGACUACCUGCGUUUCUCAGCCUCAGAAGUCCAACUUUGAGAAGCAGCCUGACGUUUCUGGGCAAUACAUUACCACUGCCAUCUACGCCCGGCCUACAAACGUCCAGCCCGCCAAGAGACCGAAGCAAGCCCCCAACCAGGAUUCUGUUUCCGGCUUUGGUCCCAGCUACGGUCUCUCUACUGAUCAGCAAGAGGCCGUUAACCUCCACAACGAGGCCCGUAAAGCCGUGGGCAACGGCCCUCUUUCUUGGGAUGACUCACUCGCCGUGGGUGCCCAGCAGUGGGCCGAUCGCCUCGCUUCCAUAGGCUUUCUCCAGCAUUCUAAAGGUGACCACGGUGAGAACCUCUACAUGGGUACUACUGAUAGUCCUUACUCUGUUUCCGUCAAGGCCUUCCUCGCCGAGAACAGCCAAUACAACGGUGAGGCCAUCUCGGGCUCAAACUACCUGAACUUUGGUCAUUACACCCAGUGCGUCUGGAGGGACACUACCAAAAUCGGCAUGGCUGUCUCCAAGGACAGCAGCGGCGUCUCCUGGGUCGUCGCCCGCUAUCAGAAGCCGGUAUAG